AUGGGUAUUUGUGCAGGAAAGUCUUAGUAAAGGGAGAAUCUAGUUACAGAUAUUGAAUCAAUACCUAUCCUAACUUAAGGUACUUUGGACUUUAAUGUGAAAAUAUCGGGCAUUAAGGUAAAGAUGGACAAUCUGGUAUUUUUAAUCGAGUGAUUAUAGUAUUAUAGCCAGCUGGCAAAAUAUCAAUGAAAAUAGGUGAAUAUGACUAAUUUGAAACAGAAUGCUCGAAAGAACUUUAUGGAAAAUUAUAUGUAAAAGAGUGAUUAAUUGCUAUAAUGUAGUUUAAACAGACCCAUGCUUUUUAAAUGUCUACAACAGAAGAACAAUUGAAGAAGUAGCAUCUGAUUGUGACAUUGCUGACACCGAAUAAUGAGAAUAUAGCUUCGAUUUAAAUAAAUUUGUUUUUAAUAGCAACUGGGCCAUAGCACAUGGAUUAUGAAUAUACUGGUUUAAUUAAUAAGAAACAAUAAUAGGGGAAAAUAAGCUUUGAUUUUAAAAUUGCGUAAAUCAUUAAAGUAAGCAUUGUGCCACAGUUGAUGGAAUUUAAUAUGAACGAACCACUAAUACAUUCAGAGUAUUAUUAUUCACUUAAAAUGGUCACUUCAGUCUUGUGUUUCUAAAGCGAAUACUCAGAUGCAUUCUUGAAUCCUGCCUAUCAAAAGAAUUAAUAAUCCACAAACAAUAGUGCGUAAGCCAAAUAAUAAGUUAUCAAAUAAAUUGUGUACAAAUAAUCUGGAGUUGAAAUGACCGUCGAAGUACCCCUCAUAGAGAUAUCCUCCUCUAGUAUUUAAGUGUGUUUGUGGUAUAAUGAACAAGCCAACAAUGUGACAUCAGGAAUGAACAAGACUCAUUAUACUCUUAUAGCUGAAACCUAUUUCAAUCUAAAUCAAAUAUUUACUUAAGCAUUAAAUAGUGAUCAAGUAUGUUAUCAAUAUAUCCCUGUAGAUUUGUGAGAAUAAUUUGAAAGUGUAUAAGAUUUUGUAUCAACAAACAAAUAGGCGACUAUGGAAUCACGGAGUCCUCGAAGGCAGUCUAAAUUGCAAUCUCCAAGUCAUUAUCCCGACCUAUUUAAACCAAUAAAUUGUAGGAGUGAGAACUGACAAAGGUAUAUAAUAAGGGAGCAGUGUUGUAAAUUCAGGAAAGAUGCCAGUAAAGGAAAUCCAAUAAUUAAGUUAGUCAGGUCAGCAAUUAUUAGAUAUUCAAUACAAGAUACAAAAUUGUUCAUCCAAAAAUGUAAUAGUAUAUCUUAUCUUAAUUUAGUUAUUUCUCAAAUCAGAAUUAAAGAACCAUCAAACUGUUCAACUGAAUACUAUCUAAACUAUAUUAAAAUAGACUGAUAAACAGUCAAUCAUCUGUUUUGAAUAUAAAUCUCAAUAGGAUCUGUUCAACGCUCAAAAAUUAUUGAUUGAAAUAGCCUCUAAAUUAUUAGAAUCUGCAGAUUAGCAAGAGGAAACUAUUAGGGAAUAGUAUUACGUUCUCCUUAAGUUGAUUUUGAAUAGAGGAGAAUUAAGUUUAAAUCAAGUGGGAUUCUCUGAGGAGACAGAAAAAACUAGUGAAAAGCUGCUGAAAUUCAAGACAGAGAUAGGUCUCAAUUACCAAUCUUUUUUAUAUAAAUGUCUUGGUAUUGUGUUGCAGAAAUUGAAACAGAAAUCUUUGGCUGAAAAUGAAAGGGCCUUUGUUGAACACUUUUUUGCAAGUGCCUAUUUUAAAAUCCCUGAAUUCAGAACUAAAAUAAUUGAAAGUGUUUAAAGAGCAGAUGAUCCAUAAAUUCCAGAAUGGAGAUCACUCACUAAACAAACUGAUGAAAUCACCAACAAGGAAUUUAAUGACUUAUUUGAUUGGAAUAGACACUUUUAUGAAUAUCUCACUAAACAACCCAAAUAUAAUGCCAAUGUCAAUAAACUGAUGGAAAUUAUCAAUUAGGAAGAAUGGCAGAAGAGAAUUGGCAAAAGGGGCAUUGCCUUCUUCUUUUUUCUUAAGGAAUGGUGUGAUUUAAUCGAUAUUUCAGUUGUAGUCAAACAGAAUGUUCCAUAUCAAUAAUUGCCAGGGUAUAAUGUGUUGAUUAAGGCAAUCCUUUUGGAAAUGAAGGCUAAGGAACUGAAGAAUUACCCAGAUAUAAUGAAAGCUGCUAUGUGUUCACUCUUAAAUAACACAAGUCUGCUGAACAUUGUUAUAGUUAUUCUCUUUAACAAAACAAAUCUCUUUGAUUCAGAUGCUCUCCUGAAUUGCUUAGAAAUCCUCAAUUCUUGUUUAUAGUAUCUCUGCAAUCACAAAUUAUCGAUGCCAACCUCUCUGGAUUAGUAGUUCUUUUUAAAAGGAAUCAGGAUGAUUCUAUUGUAAUGUGAACAUGCUUUCAGCGUUUCUAAAUGUCUUUGGUUGAUAUACAACAACUAUGUCUUGUUUCCAUGUAUUGCUAUAAACAUUAAUUAAUAGUGGACAUAAGAAAGGACAUAACAGACUUGCUGUUUGAGAAUGUGGCCACCAAGUUCUUUAUGCAUUGGUCUUUCAAUAUUCGGAUGAUUUUCCACCAUAUUCUACUCUACAGAAUACAGCAUCUUCACAAAUCUAAUAAGAAUUUGAAUGAGGAGUAUGACUUUAUAACUUAUCAUGUAGGGAUUUAAUACAAAAAUAUUAACAAUAGGUGAAACCAAGAAAGCAACACAGUUUUUUCGAUUAAAAAAACUCAUCUAAAGCUAUUAUUGUAAUUGUUUAGUAUCAUAUUUAUAGUCUGAUGUCAUUUAUAUGAAGUUCUUUCGAUUUAUACAAUAAAUAGAAGAGGGCAAACAACUAUCUACAAGUCAGCAAUAAAAUUAAAUGAUCGAGGAAACUCAUUUUCAUAAAUAAAUGAAAACCAAAUUGAUAAAGAAGAGGAUUCAAGAUAAAAAAAAAGGUUCGACUGACUAAAACAGUAGCAGUGAUGCUCAAUCAUAUAGAAUCAUUGAUGAGGAUGAGUAAGAUGUUGCCAUCCCAUUAUUUACUGGGACUAGUAAUGAACUGAAACCGCAAGUAAAAUUACCGGAGAAGAGAGUGGCAGUGACACAAAAUUAAUUAAAAUAUUUAAUUAAAGCGUGUUCAGAAUUUGAGGAAUUGAAAUUUAAAUAUUAAAAGUGGAAACAAUCAGUCAUCCCUGUUAAUUUUAAUUCAUUAUCAGAAGAUGGUAAAUUAAUCACAUUAAUCAUUAGAAAAAAUCAAUUUGAAUGAGACGUUCAAAGUCCCAGAAGUCAAAUUAGCAGUUCCAUUGGAUGAAAAAGAAGGAAACAUCAAAAAUACUGAUGAAUGGUGA